UAUCCUCUAACUAAACUUCCCAAAAGCUGAUAUUACAAAGACUGUUGUCCCAGGAGGAACAAUAGAUUCAGAAAGUCUCCUAGUAUCCUUAAAAAUUUCCAUGGUUGAUUUUUAAAAACAACUCAUAGAAUUAAAAUCUCUGCAUUUGUUUGUCUAUUAAAUCCAUAUUUUUGCGGAGAGUGUUUUAUGUUUGUGGCCUAACUUCAUUUUUUAAAUUGCAUCUGAGUAUUUUUGUCAUACAGACCAAGGAAGUAAAAAAAAAAGUAAGACAAGAAAGUAUAUACAUUGGAAAAUAUCGGAAUGCUAUUAAAUUUUGAAGAAAUAUUUUUGAAUGCUUUGGAGUUGUCAUGUCUGAAGAUGACCUGUUGGAAGAGGACAUCUGGGAGUACAAAUCUAUUAGAAAACCGAAGUCACCAUGCCAGACUUCAGAAGUCACCUCCACAAAUGCACAGGAAUCAAAUGAUGAAAAGAGUACAUCACAAAGUAAUGGCAGCAAAAGUAAUAGGAAAAUAUCUGAAGGAAAAUACAAGCCUAAUAAACGAAAGCAAAGGCCAAGGCAGAGGGGCAUUCAGACAUCCUUAAAGCAAGAUCAGAAUGUUGGUGUUUUCAACAGUUGUGACCAUGUUGUACAGUCCCAAGAAAGAACAUCAUCUUCAACAAAACCAAAGAGAAGCUGUAAGAAGAAAAGCCCUGUAAAUGCACGUCCAGUGUAUGAAGGAUACUGCCCAAGUUGCCAGAUGCCUUUCUCUUUGCUGUCGGUCCAGAUGCCUCAGUGGCAUGUUACUGAAUGUUUGGACAGUGCAGGAACUGCUGAACAAGAGUGCCCUGAUGGUCUUCUGUGUACUUCAACCAUACCUUCUCAUUACAAACGUUAUAGUCAUUUUCUACUUGCUUCAAGCAGAGCAGGGGAUCCUCUUGUGGAAUUCUCAUCUUCCAGCUUAGGAAACUGUUUUUUUGGUCCUGGUGCUUCUCAGUCCAUUAACUGUAGCAGUACCACUGAAGAUGGGGCAUUGAAGGAUUUGAACAGGAGCAUGGGAAAAUCUCCAGAUUGCUGUGUUCUGUUACAGCAGAGUUCAUCAAAUACAAAUUCUGUGGAUGUGGUUAAUAUAAAGACUUCCUCUUUGGAAAACAUUCAAGGUAUCCAUCAACACAGAAUACAGUUCACAGGUGGUACAAAUCAGGCUAUGAGUCUGGGCCCCUUUUCUCAAGAAACCAAAGGCAGUCUUCAUCAGGAAAGUCAAUAUGACUCACUUCAAUUAAACACUCUAGUCGCAAAAGCUGACUUCAGCGACUGUGAUAUUUCUUAUUCUCCUCUGAAUACAGAUGAAGAAAAAUCUACAGAAGAGGAAGGGGAAGAGGAGGAAGAGAAAGAAACAAAGGUUAAACAUCUCAGAAAAAGAUUAUUUGCUGUCAAAAGCCCAGAAGACAGGAGUGCAAAAGCUGGAAGCUGCGUCCUUAAUAAACCAGCUGGUACUUCACAACAGAGGGAACUUGAGCAUAACAGUGUUGAAGUAAUGAUCAGUGACUGCUGUGAAACUUUAAAUAUAUUCCCAAUUAUGGAUGGAGUUUCUAAGUCUUUUUCACAAGCUAGCAUUUCCAGAAGGAUUUUAACAAACAAUCUUGACCUGGUGAAACACACUACAGAAGAAUUUCCUACUCCUCUUGAUUUCAAGAGUAGUGGGGAGGAGUUUGAGGGCCUUAAACUGAGUUCUUCCAUACCCAAUGCAGGUAAAUGUGAGUCGAGCAAUUGUAAUUCAAUAGCCAAGUCAGACACUGCUGUUAAAAACAAGCUGCUGGCAUUGAAAUUCACAGAAGAAAGCAUUCAGCCUUUUCAACACCGGCAAGCUGGCUCUUUAGAGAAGUCCUGCAGUAUAGCUAAAACUAUUCCUGAUUCAUGUGGAAAUACACUGUCUCAUAACAAUUCAUAUUCAAUCAUGAAAAAAGAAGGAAGGCUUAGUAAUACUGUAACUGUGCCUGUUUUUCCGAGUACUGUUUCUCAAAAAUUGCCACAUGUUUCUGCUGCAAAGCUUAAAGUUCAAGCCAUUCCAGCCAAGGAACUUAAACAAAUGGACAUUGGUGUUUUCUUUGGGUUGCAACCGAAAGCAAAAAUGGAGAGUGACCAAAAGAAAAAUCUUUGUGAGAAAACACACACAUUGAGUCCACCCACUGCUUCAGGAAAGAGGUCCAGAUCUAGAAAGAGGAAAGCUGAAGGCUCAUUGGGAGACUCGGAUGUGGUUAUGGAAAGCUCAAGAAAAACUCCCACCCAUGCAGAGCCAGCGUUUGGUGGGCAGAGACGCUGGCGAAAAAGAUUUAGAGAGUCAUGGACAGGUGAAGGUGAAACAAGAAAAAAACAGUGUCCUUUCUAUAAGAAGAUACCAGGUAGAACAGGUUUUGUAGUAGAUGCGUUCCAGUAUGGAGAAAUUGAAGGAUGCACAGGCUAUUUCCUGACACAUUUUCAUUCUGAUCAUUAUGGUGGCCUCACAAAAAAGUUUACAUUCCCAAUAUACUGCAAUAAGAUAACUGGAAAUCUAGUGAUGAGCAAGCUUCACGUGCAAAAACAGUGUGUCCACAUCUUGCCAAUGGAUAAAGAAUGCAUAGUAAAUGGGAUCAAGGUGGUAUUGCUCGAUGCUAAUCAUUGUCCUGGUGCUGCAAUGAUCCUUUUUUCCCUUCCAAAUGGGACCGUUGUAUUGCACACAGGAGACUUCAGAGCAAGUCCUUCUAUGGAGCAUUAUCCUUUUCUGAUUGGCCAGAAAGUUCACAGUCUGUACUUGGAUACUACGUAUUGUAGACCUGAAUAUACUUUUCCUUCCCAGCAAGAAGUUAUUCAGUUUGCUGUCAAUGCUGCCUUUGAGACAGUGACUUUAACCCCCCGAACUUUGGUUGUUUGCGGCACAUAUUCUAUUGGAAAAGAAAAAGUCUUUCUAGCUAUUGCUGAAAUUCUGGGCUCAAAAGUGAGUGUGUCCCAAGAGAAAUACAAAACUCUGCAGUGCUUGGAAUCAGCAAAAAUAAAUUCCCUCAUCACCCUGGACUGGAACAGCACUUUUCUUCAUCUUCUACCUAUGAUGCAAAUUAAUUUUAAGGGUUUACAGAACCACUUGAACAAGUUCUCUGAGAAUUUUGAUCAGAUUUUGGCCUUUAAACCCACUGGGUGGACGUAUUCAGACAGAUGUUACUCCUUAAGUGAGAUCCAACCUCAGACCAGAGGAAAAAUUACUAUAUACGGGAUCCCUUACAGUGAACACAGCAGUUUCCUGGAAAUGAAGCGAUUUGUCCAGUGGUUGAAGCCUCACAAAAUUAUCCCCACUGUAAAUGUAGGUGAUUGGAAAGCCAGAAAUGAAAUGGAGAAGCAUUUUAAAGAUUGGAAGAUGGGAGUUGCCGGGUGGAACUAGGAAGAGGAGUAACAUUUACACUACAGCUUCUGUAUGCCUUAAGUUCCAUUUGAAAUUUUCAGCCUUGGUCAGAAUCAUACUUUCAUGCAGAAGCCAGUGGUACGAAAUGGAUAUUCCACAGCAUACAAUAGACAUGGCAUUGCUUCUCCAUUCUACCUUUUUAUUUACCAGCAGUGGAACUAUAAUGACUCCCAUGUAAUGCAGCCCUGUAUUAGUGUACAGGGCAAUUGUAUUUUGUAACAUGAGUAGCCAUUCCAAGUGUGAUUCUUCCCCCCCCCCCCCACAUGAAUGCCUGCAGGGAAGGUGCUUCUCCUCAUGGUACAAAAUAACAUGCAUCCUGCUACAUGUACACAUCUACAGAUAUCAUAAUGUGGUGUCAAAACAAGCCACAAAAAGUGAUACAAUCUGAAGAAUUAUUUCCUGCUCAAUGUUUUCAUUCCAAAAGCAGGCAAGCUUGGUUUGUACUAGACUAUAAAGUUACAGCCUUUGAAAUUGUUUCUUCCUGGAACUUCUGAUGUCUCUCCCUGGCAUGUUGCAGUAUAUCCAUGUUGUUGCCCCUGGGCCAAGCAACUGCAUGAAGGUCUCAGUGAGCAAUUUCCAGCUGAAGGUUUUGUGGUCUCCUAGCAAGUUAAGUGCCCACUAGCCAAACACACUAGUUUCUAAGAUAUGGGUGCAGCAUCUACUACUGAAGAACCCAGAAAGAUGGCUAAAUGGCAAGGGAUUGUUUUAUUUUAAAGGUAUGGCAAGGGGAGAAUAGUUUCCUGAAAUUUUCCAGAUCAAGAGUUUUAUAAAGUGAAUGUGGGGGGAAUGACAUGUAGAUCACAGCUCCCCAGGGGGUAUUCCUAAACAUACUUGGAUGCACUUGAAUCAGACUUGUACUGUGUGAUGGUACCCUGAUGCCACAGAAUGAUAGGCUUCUUUCACAGUGAUCAAGAAGCUGAACACCAUUUUUAAAGUGAUUUGUAAAAUUUACAUCAUAACAAAGAGCUGUGACAGCAUUAUGCACUGUGGUGAAAAACAGAAUAAUUUAAAAAUAAUAUACAUUAAUGAGAAUAU